CUUUCGCAACAGUCUCAGCGCUCCUAAUCAGCACUCAGCGGAACCCAAAGUUCUUCACCCUGGCCCUCCAGGGGGCUACCAAGGGCGCCGCGCCCGUGCAGCUCUGGACGGCCCUCCUGGAUCCCUACGCCACCAUCUCCUUUUCCGUCGACUCGAUGGAGGGCCCUGGCGAGCAUUUGUCGCGAACGGCCAGCAUCGUCACCGCCCUGAAGGACCAGCUGUUGGCGGGAAAGAAGUCGGUGGGCGAGGGGAGCGGGCUGCGCACGCUGGACGUGGCACAGAGCACGCUGAGUGCCAAGAUAGCGCCAUCUCAAUAUUCGCUGGUUGAGGACGGCGAAGAUGGCCCGAAGGACAAACAAGAUGUUACCGACAGCGUGGCCGAAAAUCCGCCUCCAAAAGCAGAAGGACCAGUCGACACCAGCAUGGAGAUCUGGGGAAGCGGUAGCCUGAACAUGAGCGGCAGCCAAUCGGAAUUCGAAGUGCUGGGCCGCAAACUGAUGCAUGUCGAAGACCAGCUGGAUGCAAACAAUGCCAUGUUGGCUUUGGUGCUUCUGCUCGAGCGCGGGAGCUCAUUGUCCUGUGCGGAUCCACAAGAUCUGCCAAUCUGGCAGGUCCUUGCAAGCCUCAAGAGUCCCGUGGUCUCAAGGUACGCCAAAUUGUUCCUCUGCAAGGCCAUCGUGCACGUUGAGCUGCGCGACAGGGAGCGAUCCCAACGACUGGCCCAGAUGGCGUCCUUGGACUCCCUGCCCACCUCCGGGGACCCAAACUCAGGGGGCGACCCAAUGGAAGUCGACGGCGAGGAUGGGGAUUCAGCCGAUGCCCCAGAAAGAUCCAGCUCGGCCUUCAGCAAACAUGCGCAUGAGUUCUUUCCGCCAAUGGUGGACAUCAUCGUGGAUGCUUCGGCGGGAGAUGGCAGCAACCCGGGCGAGUUCAAUUCCUUUGUUCGGUCCGUUUGCUUCGUGUUUCUUCGCUGGGCGCUGCUGUUUGAGAAGACGGCGGCCGGGCGGCUUCGGUUCGGGGACGAAAUUGAGGAGGCCAGCGUGAAGCUGCUGGGGCAGCUGGGGAGGGUGGGUUUCAGCAACAGGGCGGAUGUGCUGCGCAUCAACUCUGGGUACAUCCAGAUGUUCGUUGGGCAGUGGGGUGCGGCCAUCCCCUUCCCAGUGGAACCGAUUCUCACUCAACUCACCCAAACACCGCUGCACGGCUCCAAUGUAAAUGACAGGCGGCACGUGUAUGGCCUGAGCCUUCUGUGCUACGCUCUCAAGUAUGGCCAUGCAGAACAGAUGCUCUCAAGUCCUCAAGCUGAGGACCUGUGGAAGGCGGUGCUGCGAAUUCUCUCCUCUCCGAAGAUUGGAUCAAGGAUGGCGCGCCAUGCUGGGGAAGCUGCUGGCCAAAUACUGCACCACCUGUCCAAGAACGGCCAACCGCUGGCGCAAACGCGUCUUGCUCUGACUCAGACCUACUGGAGUCGGUGA